ACAGCCGUCGAGAAAACACCUUUACAAUCACGAAACUCAAACUUGAGAUCUACAAAUAGCAAUCAUGGCACCUUCGAACAUGGAUUACCACAACGAUUCAAAAGUUAUCGAGAGCUACACGCACAAAAAGUUCAAGACUUCGGCCUAUACGCACAAAAAGUUUGGCAAGAAGAGCGGAAAGGAGGUUGCCCCCACAGCCGCAGCCACGCCUCUUUUCCGACCAUACGCCCUCAGCGAGAAUACUCCCCGAAAACGUCGCCAGGAGACGGAGCGGGAAAUCCAGCAGCACCAGCAUUUGCACCACCAUUCACUGCCUCCCACGCCGCCCACAACACCACCACAGCAGCAGCAACAUCCAAUUUCGGCUACCCAAAUUCCAAUGACACAACUUCCGGCUACCCAAUAUUCGGUUACCCAACAUCCUAUUACCCACUCGCCGGUUUUGAAUCACCAGGCCUACGCCUACAUAAUGCAAAAGCAGCGGGCCGUGCUGCAGAUGCGCCAACUACUGAGCAUAAAUCCGGAUGCCAACACCUGGCCCCUGGAAUGGAAACAGGCCCUCCAGGCGCUGCUACAAAAAUAAGCAUCGUGUUGAAGACUGACAAAGAAAAUGAAUAGAUUCUGAACGGAGUGAUUUGCCUAGCAACCAGUGAUAUAGACCUUUAAGUAACCGCCGACAGAUUGUACAUUAUGAACGAAAUCAAAGUCCUAGCGUAAUUGUACAUAACUCUAAUUUAAAACAUAAUAAAUCAUUUUUAAAUCGUAAA